CAUUACAGAGCUCUCGAGUGAAAGUCACGCUUUCGGUCUCUUCCCUGACACCAAACAGAACAUUACAACCUGUCCAAGGGAACGAUCCAUUCCUAGGCUUACUCGACUGCCUCCAAAGAAAUCUCGGCAUGCAGAUUCUGUUCUUCGCAUUUGGGUUUCAAACGGAUAUCCUAUUGUCAUAAUUUUAAAAAAAUCAACAGAAAAAAAAACAACCUAAGAAAAAACAAUGAAAUCGAUCUUUCUUUUCUCCGCAUUGUGGAGCGGUGCAAGCAGCGUGCUCGCUGCUUGCGAUCCCGAAACCACUGUUUCCCUUGCGGGAGGUGUCUCCAAGCUAACCGUCACGGGGUUUGUCGACCCGAUCAUCAAUUAUUUUUCUUCCGUUCCUGGCACGGUGAGUAAAUGGAAUGUACUGCACUCGGUCAGCCACGAAAAUAAGUGUUCUGCUUGUGUCACGGGGUUGGGGUUUUCCCAUCGAGAUCGACUCACACCUGCUGCCUGCACUGUAUUCCGUGCUUCCAUUCCGUACGUGAAGGGUGACUCCGUCGUCCUCAAGGGCUACGAUCUGUUCCCCGAAGUUCUCUCUACCGGAGACGAGUUGGUCAUCACGGCAGGCGAGCCGUGCGGAUCCGUGUCUUCCCCCGCGGCACCGUCGAUCUCCGAUGCGAGUGGCUCGCUUGCCGUCUUUGGGGCGACGUCCUAUUUCUUUGGGGGCCACGCGUUUCUGACGGCCGCCUCGAUCUUCCUGGCGAUGGUGCCGUUUUCGGCCGCCGCCGAGGAAGCCGUCCCGAGCAUCACCGUCGAGAUCUACGUCGACGUCGACAAGCUGCUCCACGAGGAUUCUGGCAACUCCGACUGCCCACCCGAAACGACGCUGUGGAAACACCACGACUCUGUCUUUGGUGGAUACGAGGGGUGUGUGUCGGAGAAGUAUCUCUACCCCUGUGCCCAGUACGUCCGUCCCGAGGACGAGUGGAACGUGGAUAGGGUUCCAAUCGACUUUGUCGAUGGGGAAUGCAUCGAAUCCGGGUACACCCAAGAGAACAGAACCUUUUGGAUCUUGUGGGGGGAUCCGCUGGACGUAAGUCAAUGGCUAGUAGUGUUUCCUUGUUUUCUAUGGUACUUUUCGAUUUGUCCAAGUUGCACGUAACAAUCUAACCAUGAUGUCGCCUCUCCCGUGUUUCCAUCCGAAUCCCUUUGCGGAACGCAUUGCAAUGAAAUACAUUCCACGGAACGCACCACAGGGAGAUACAUUGAUGGAAAAGACAGGUCUCAAACCCACCGCAAAGUUUCCUCUGCGGCGUGGACCGUACCCCAGCUACAAGACAGCGGAGGGAUUCGAAGAAGCCCUGGACGAUUCCAACGACGCCAAGGCCGUUGCUCUCGAUUUUUUGGUAUACCUCGGAGCGAUCGAAGAGUCUGCCAAGGACGACUGGUACGUGACCAUCAACGAGGGGGCCGAGCAAGGCAUCAGCACCCUGUGGGCGGCAAAAGCUCUCGAGAUUGCGGCUACCACGUGCAACCGCGACAUCUACGUGCUGAUGGAAGCACCGGCAUAUGGCUACGAUACCGGCACCAUCGCGAGCUGGGUAAACCAAAACGCAGAAGACUUUUACUCCGGCGAGGAAUGCCUCUGCUAUCCCCUCUGCAACGAGCCCACCGUAACCGUCAACAACGUAGGAUUCUUUCCGGGAAACAUUCCGGAAGCCCUGGGUGGUGACAACGUCACCUACGUGGCGGACAGCACCUCACCAACCUCGCCGUGGUUUGAAUCCAUGGUGUUCCCUGAGGUAAGAAUCGCAUCGCAUCGCAUUCCCGGGGAUUCCAAACCGUCCUUCACGGCAGGAUGCAUCGCACGAUGCAUCGCGAAUCGCCCGUGACCAACCAACCCAACCCAACCCAACCCAAUCUCACCCAACCCAACGUGUUUUCCUUUCCCCCGUUUUUUUGGGUUCUCGUUUCUGGCAUUCGCUGCCUAUUCAGAACCCAAGCGGCGUGAUCAAAACCCCGCAGCUCCCGGCAAACCGACGGGUGUGCGACGGCGUGUACGUCUGGCCGAUGUACUUUGGAAUGCGGGGCUUUGAAAUUCCCCUCGACGAGAUGCCGGAUUGCGACGGCUGGUCCUAUGCCAUCACCAAGGGCUACUCCGCAUCGGUCCGCGCCGGAUUCAUCACGUACAAGAAGGGGUCGGAAGAAUUCGCCGGGUACGUUUCGAAAAUCACAAGCCCCUUCCACAGCCUGAGCUACGGUACCCUGUCGCAGUGGACCUGGGAGGGCCAGAUGCAGAUCCAGAAGAUGAUGAUGAGCCGGCGCCUGGACGAUCCCACCUCGUGGGUCGGUGCCUACUCGGAGAUCAUGAAGGAGAAAUGGGAGGUCGUCACGGAGGCCUUCCGAGACUGCCCGGUCCUCGAGCUGACCAACAGCCUGGCCGGGGCGUACGCCUUUUUUGUGUACAAGGAUCCCUACCUGGGACUCCAGUCGGGGACCUACCCGAGCUUCUUUAUGGACGUCCUCGGGAUCCGCGCCACGACCUAUUUUUGGGGGUUCCGCGGCGCCGAUCCCUCCGAGUACUUUGGCGAGGGGGUCUCGACCACCGAUUUCACGAGGAUGCAGCUGUACCGCGACGUGGAGGUCUACCACGAAGUCGCCCGGCGUGCCCGGAUCGUUUGCUCCGACACGUCCGCCUCCAUCGGCGACCUGGUCUCGAUCGACGACUGGCAGGCGGCGGGGUUGGCCUCCUCCCGGCACCUGGAGGAGGGCCACGACCCCGAAACACGCCGGAGGCUGCUGAGGGAGGAGCUCCCCCACCUGCACGAGCGAAAGCUCGCCCGCCUCCUCGAGAACAUCGAGUUCCGCGAGCUCCAGGAUAGCAGGAUCGAGGACCUCUGUGCCCCGGCGUACACCUCCAGCUGCCUGAUGGGCGUCAUGGGCCGCGGACACACCGACGUUUUCUGAGCAACUCUUCGCAACCCGCAAAAUGUACAUGUGCUCUUUAGUGUCGUAUAACUACGUGUUUACAAUAUUUACAAUAAAGAGUGAGCUUAUUC